UGGUUUUAAUCUAUACAAUCCUAUACAAUUUUGUACAAAUCUGUUUGAAAGACCUAAGCUCUUCUGUGGCAGCCGUUCUCUUGGUCCUGUCACCGUAGGAGCACAAUGAUCUAUGGACAAGUCAUUGGUGAAUAUAUCUGGAAUUGUUAGUCCAUGAAAACCUUUGUGUAUUACAAAAAAUUGUCUUAGAAUCAUAGAAUCAAAAAAUCAUAGAGUUGGAAGAGACCUCACGGGCCAUCCAGUCCAUCCACCCUCUGCCAAGAAGCAGGAAGAUGACAUUGAAAGCACUCCUGACAGAUGGCCACCCAGCAUCUGCUUGAAAGCCUCCAAAGAAGGAGCCUUCAUCAUAUGCCGGGACAGAGAGUUCCAGUGCCGAACAGCUCUAACAGUCAGGAAGUUCUUCCUAAUGUUCAGCUGUCUUUUUGGAAGAUUAUUACAGGCUCCACAAUGAAGACCCCUUUAGUGAGCAAACCCUUCAGGCAGCACAGAGCAUUUUGUCCUCCAUCUCUGAAGCCAAGAAAGAAUUGGAUAAAGGUGAUAACAGAAGUCAAUAUGGGCAGGAGUAGUCAAAAGGCAUGCUAUAUUACUACCUUUUCAAAAUCCAUAGCACCACUGGUAACAGCUAACUUCAAGUGAGAAUGUUUGAGGGUCAGGGCUUCCCAGUUCUUGGCCUUUAUUUUUUUUUUUGGUUAGCUUCAAGCUCAUCUUUAAAUCUUUUUUUGCUGUCCACUGACAUUUUAUUUCCUGUUCUUAAGUGAGAGUAGGGUAACUGCUUUGGGAGACGUUGAUUGGGCAUUUAGAUAAUGGGCAGUCCAGCAAAGCUGAUGGAAAAGAAUCAUCACUUCAGCACUGGUAGUCUUUUCUUCUUCUAAAGCACUAAUGUUUGUCUGCCUGCCCAAGAGAUUUGCAGGAUUUUUCGAAGGCAAUGGGGUACUUGAUUGUGUUUUUCCUGCACGGCAGGGGUUGGAUUAGAUGGCCUAUGUGGUCUCUUCCAACUCUAUUACUCUAUGAUUCUAUGAACACUGAUGGAAUCUUUCCAGAAGUUGAGAAUGACGCUUUUUUACAGUCCAUGUUUCACAGCCUUACAAUAGAGUUGGAAGCUUUUUAAACAAGCAUCUUGAUAUCACUAUGAAUGUUCCAGUACUCAAACACUCUCUACUUAAUUUGAAAAAUGCUCUGCUUGCAGAGCUCAGAAAAUGUUGUAUUUUGAUGUCAAUGUCAACUUUUGUGAAGAGGUGGUUACCUAGGUAGCAGAAAUGGUCAACGUUUUCUAGCGUUACAUCAUUAAACUUUAUUUCUGGUAUUGCAGAGGAAUUGGUUGGUGCCUGCUGGCAGAGCACUUUCAUUUUUCUGGGUUUUAAGUAAGAGGCCAAUCUUUUCAUAUGCUUCUGAGAACGUGUUUAAAGUGGCUAGUGGGCCUUCCUCUGAAUGAGCACAGACUGUGAGUACGUUAUAAUCAGUAUAUUGGAGUUCUGUAAUAGAAGUUGUGAUCUUACUUUUUGCUCUCAGACUGCUGAGGUUAUGCAAAGGCAGAUAUUCAAAAUAGGGAAAAAACACACUACAAAACAUUUUUGCUCCCAAAUUUUUUGGAUAAAGGCUAUUUAUUUGGAAGAUAGUUCACAAGAAUGAGCAUGAAACAAAAUGCUGUACAAAUGUUGAUUGGAUCAUAAAGGCUGUAAAUGAAGGGAGGUAAAGGUAAAGGUUUUCCCCUGACAUUAAGUCUAGUCGUGUCCGAAUCUGGGGGUUGGUUCUCAUCUCCAUUUCUAAGCUGAAGAUCCGGCGUUGUCCGUAGACACCUCCAAGGUCAUGUGGCCGGCAUGAUUGCAUGGAACGCUGUUACCUUCCCACCAGAGCGGUACCUAUUGAUCUGCUCACAUUUGCAUGUUUUUGAACUGCUAGGUUGGCAGAAGCUGGAGCUGACAGCAUGAGCUUGCUCCGCUCUCUGGAUUCGAACCACUGACCUUUUGGUCAGCAAGUUCAGGAGCUCAGCGGUUUAACCCACUGCACCACCGGGGGCUCAUAAGUGAAGGGCACAGAGUGUUAAAACUAAUUGUUAGUUGCAACUAACUAAAACUUAGGUUGUAUCUACACUGUAGAAUUAAUGCUGUUUGACACCAAUUAAACUGCCACAGGAGUUGUCGUUUUUUCAGAUAUUUACUUUCUCUGUCAGGAGCUGUGGUGGCUCAGUGGAUGAAACCCUUGUAAACUGCUGACCUGAAGGUUGCUGGUUCGAAUCCGUGAGAGGGAGUGAGCUUCCAUCUGUCAGCUCUAGCUUGCGGGGACAUGAGAGAAGCCUCCCAGUAACACAUCCAGUGUCCCCUGGGCAAUGCAGAUGGCCAAUUUUCUCACAUCAGAAGCACAUUGCUUCUGACACACACACACACACACACACACACACACACAAAAUCUUUCUCUGUCAAAUAGUGCUGAAGCCUCACCAAACUACCACCCCUGGAAUUCCAGAGCAUUAAGCCUUGGCAGUUAAAGUAGUGUUGAAAUGCAUUAAUUUUACAGUGUGAAAGCACCCUGACACUGUUCAGGGAAAGGCUUUUUCUGGUCAAUCUGAUGUUGGCCUCUUGUUUCUUUUUAUCCUCCUUCCCUCCCUCUCCGCCCACCCGAGUGAGUUCGUUGCUCUCCUCUCUGAAUGGAAUCCACACAGCCCACAUUCCUGAGCAGGCGGAGGGGCUGCUGAGACUUGUCCUUGGCUGGGGCCACCUCCGAUUCUUCAUCCAGUCAGAAAUCUGCCCUUGUCUGCCUUCCCUCCUGCCCUCUCCAAGUCUGCCAGGGACCAGCCAGUGGCUGCAGACAGGGCCUGAGGAUAUAGUUGACCAGAUCCAAAGUAUUUCAGAUGCAGAAGACGAAGAAGGUGCACUGUGGGAGAAGAUUGAGAGUGUGCGGCACCAACUCACUCGCUCUCUCAAUCCAGCAAAACUGACACCGUAUCUACGCCAGUGUCGUGUGAUUGAUGAACAAGAUGAAGAAGAGGUACUGAGUGCCUAUCAGUUUCCAUGCAAGAGCAACCGGACAGGACGCCUCAUGGAUAUUCUACGAAGCAGAGGAAAGAGGGGUUAUGAAGCUUUCUUGGAGUCCUUGGAGUUCUAUUAUCCAGAACAUUUCACCCGGCUAACAGGGAAACAGCCAAUUCAGCGUUGCUCUAUGAUUCUGGAUGAGGAAGGUCCAGAAGGCUUGACUCAGUUCCUGAUGAUGGAAGUGAAGAAAGCGAGGACCCAGAGGAAAGGAUAUCUGGCCAAAGAGCACCAACUCCUGGUGAAAAACCAAGCCUUGGAGGAGGAGUGCAGCCAGGUGAAGCAACAGCUCCAGGUGCUCCAGAAAGUGCAAGAACGUUGGCAGAAGUUCCAGGAAGAGUGGGACUCCAACAGUUUGGAGCUGCUGAGGUUGAAGGAUGAAAACUACUUGCUGGCCAUGCGCUACGCUCAACUGUGUGAGGAGAAAAAUGCUGCUGUCAUACGGAGCCGAGACCUGCAACUAGGGGUCGAUCAGUUGAAAUGCAAGAUCAGCAGCAUGGAGGAAGAGUGUUCCCUGCUGAGGAAACAGGCAUCAAUGGCUCCCCAGAGAGAGAUGGAGGAUCGAGGCCUUGCAGAUACAAUCUCUGACUUGCGAGUAGAAAACCAAAGGCUAGUUGCUUCCCUCCAGGAACUGCAAAAUGUAGUACAGACAGCAGGUGAAGGCCAGGUACCGGGCUCUGAGAGGAUCCUGCUGGACAUUCUGGAGCAUGACUGGAAGGAAGCACAAGCCGACCGACAGGAAUUAUGUCAGAAAUUAGACUCUGCGCAGAAUGAGCUGCAGUGGGCAGAGGAUCUUAGAGAUAAGUAUUUGCAAGAUAUGGAAGUUCUGCAGCUGAAGUACCAGACCUUGCAGAAGAACUGUGAUUUAUACAAGCACAGAAUGAACACCGUCCUGGCUCAACUGGAGGAGAUUGAGAAGGAAAGAGAUCAAGCAAUACAGAGCCGAGACAGCAUUCAGUUGCAGUAUUCCCAGAGCCUCGUUGAGAAGGAUCAGUACCGCAAGCGUGUCCGGACCUUGGAGGAAGAGAGGGAUGAAUUGCUGAGCAAAGUUACACAGGCGGAAAGCAAGAUUGGCACUCUGGAGACACAGCUGCAGCGUUGUCAUUGCACUCGAAGCCUGGCAAAGAAGAUGUGUUCCUCCUCCUACUCUCUUUGUUCCAUCCUCAGUAGCACUUGGAGCAUGAUAGAGAAGCCUUCAGCCCUCGAGGAUGGGGUGGGAGAUGCACCAGGCAUGCUGGACAUUGCAUUUUCUGAGGAUUGUCUAAACCAGGAGGAGGAAGUGACUCCAGACAGAGAGAAGGACAUAAACCGUCUAUCCAUCUUCCCCUUCCCACCCUGUGCUGGUUCCAUCCUUCGGCGGCAGCGUGAAGAUGGACUGGUCCCCAUCAAGAGUCAGUCUUAUGGGUCCUUUGGCAGCAUGGAAGACUUAACAGAAAGCGUCACCACUACCGUCUCCUCUGCCAGAUCCCCUUCAUCAUCAGGCAGUGCACAUACAAGGGCAAAGUCAGAAAUCUGCUUAUCUACCAUCUCCGAACAGCAGGGGUUUGCCAGGAGAUCUGUUGUGGUGCAUUUGUCUAACACAGCCCCCUUGAGCAUCCCAGCACCACAAAGCAGGGGCCUUGCGGGAGACAUCACCAUCCUCGGAGGAAACAGAACUGGGAUUUAUGUCCAGUGGGUGAGACCAGGCUCAGAAGCUGAGACCAUAGGACUUCGAGAGGGAUGUCGACUCCUAGAGCUUAGGAGGACACAGCUAAAUGGGGAGGUGCUCUCCCUUGAGAACUGCACCCGAGAGGUAGCGUACCUGAGUCUGUUGCACUGGGAUGACCCAUCUUCUCUCAUCUUCCUGCCUGAUAGGAAAGGAUAUCAUUCUCUCAAAGAAGCCCUAGAUGCUGGACAGAGGGUUCCUGGUGACUCCUUCUAUGUGCGGGCCAACUUGAACCUCCUGGACCUUGCAGAUCCAAAUGGGCUGUGUGUGAAGUGCCGAGAGAUCCUGCACAUCACUGACACCUUGCACAAGGGACGACUGGAAUGGUAUUGUGCCCGAGUAGACCCUUUCACUCUCCGGGACUUGGAUAAAGGCACAGUACCUAAUUACAGCAGGGCUCAACAGCUCUUGAAGAUCCAGGCAGCAGCACAACAGAAAGGCAACAGGAUUAAGCUGAAGAAACGAGCCUUGGACCAACUUCGCCUGAUGAAAUAUAAGAGCAAAGAAGGCCAGAGUGAGACCUUUUGGUCAGAUCCUUGCCUAGAUGGGGUUAUGAAACCUUAUAGUCCAGUACAUCCUCUGUUGGUGCAGAACCAUCGCCCUGUUGUGAUCUCACCAAGUUGCUUAUCUUCCUGGAUCAUCAGGAAUCUUAUGGGUCUCCCUUCUUCACAUCAGGACUUUUUUUUGUUCCCAACUGAUGCCCUUGAGGAACAAAGGCUCUCCUUUGCCUCCUCUAAGAACAGUGUUAAUGCUGAUAGGAUCUCUCAAAGGCAGAAGGAUUGCAGGACAAUCCGUGCUAUCCAAGAAGCGAUUGGAAAGAAUAAACACUGCCUGCUAGAUCUGGAGGUCCAGGUGGUGAAGGAUCUAAUUAAAAGUGAAAUACACCCGAUUGUUGUCCAUGUUGAGGUUACUGAGAAGAACAUCAGGGGAGUCAGGAGUUUACUUGGGAAACCAGGCCGCCGUGAUUCUGACUUACUGAAGGAAUGCCGGAGGGCUGAGGUUGCACUUCACUCUUUGCCCUGCUCGUGGGCUUGGGUGGACCCCCAGGCCUGGGGUAGUGCUGAGGAGCUGGUGAAGGUGGUGCGAGCCCAAGUGUUCCAGGAGCAGACCAGGAUAGUGUGGGUUGAAGAGAAUGAUGUAUGAUCUUGCUAUGCCUUGCUAUAUUUUUUGGAUGUCUAUGGAAAAUUGGCCUCUGCAGGACAGUGGCUUGGACCAUGAUCUUCCAAGGUUUUUUCUGGACCUUAGAUUCGAACCAUUCAUUCAUGUCUUUGGGGUCCAGUUAUUUCUUUGAUUAUCCUGAAAAUGGGAGAAAUCUCAUGUGAAAAGUGCCUCUCCAUUUCAUUACCUUUUCAACAUUUCCAAAUCAGCCAGUGUCUGAUUCAACAACAUCCACUUAACUGUCCCAGAUCCUGUAUUUCUGAUUCUUGUUUCUUCAUCAUUUCAGUUCCUACUAGAAUUGGGUGCAUUAGUUGGGAGGAGAAGGGGCCAGAGGGAAGAUGCUUUUGCAUGCAUUUACAUAUGUGGACAUAGAGUGUCCACCUCCUUGAUCUUGGCAACUGUAAGUGGGGUUGUGAUACAUUCAUAUUGUUGUGGACUCUCAGUUGUGUGUAAAUUAUUAAUUGAGUUUUCUGCUUAUUAAAUGUGGAUUAAAUUGGACUUCCAAAGGAAA